GAGGAGUUGGGUGGAAACUGGAGGUUGACUAGCUACGGAGAAGAGGAGAAUCCACCGAGGGGUCCUGUGUGGACGAGGCACGAGAGUGAUGUGAAGAUGUCAACCCUUGUGGUCCCCACCAUCCACACGCUGAAAAUCGGGACAAAUGGGGAGCGGUCCCGGACCCCGUCUCCACCGAGUUCUCCUGGUCUCCACAGCCACAGCUGCAGCAUCGCGCCCCUCACUCCAUCUCAGUCCCCGAGGAAUGACAUCCGGAGGCAGGAGACGUCUCCUUUCGGAGUGGUGGUGGCCAUCGACUUCGGGACCACUUCCAGCGGCUACGCCUUCAGCUUCGUCAGCGACCCUGAGACCCUCCACAUGAUGAGGAAAUGGGAAGGAGGAGACCCUGGAGUGGCCCACCAGAAGACCCCGACCAGCCUUCUCUUGACCCCAGAAGGCACCUUCCACAGCUUUGGCUACACGGCCCGGGACUAUUACCACGAUCUGGAUCCUGAGGAGGCCCGUGAGUGGCUCUACUUUGAAAAGUUCAAAAUGAAGAUCCACAGUUCCAGCGAUUUGAGCCUGAAGACAGAACUGGCAGCCGUGAACGGGAAGAAGGUGCAAGCGCUGGAGGUCUUUGCUCACGCCCUCCGUUUCUUCAAGCAGCAGGCCGUGCGGGAGCUGAAGGACCAGUGCCCGGCCUUGCCUGUGGCAGACGCCAUCCGGUGGGUGAUCACGGUGCCUGCCAUUUGGAAACAGCCGGCUAAACAGUUCAUGAGGGAAGCCGCCUAUUUGGCAGGGCUGGUGUCUUCAGAGAACCCCGAGAAGCUGCUGAUUGCUCUGGAGCCAGAGGCAGCCUCCAUCUACUGCCGAAAACUUCGCCUCAACCAACUGAUUGAUCUCAGCUACAGACCCCAGGCCAACGGCCUGGCUUCGGACCUGCCGAUCGACUCCAGCUUCAGGCAGGCUCGAGAACAGCUCCGCCGGUCCAGGCACAGCCGGACUUUUCUGAUCGAGUCUGGGGUGGGCGAACUCUGGUCGGAAAUGCAGACAGGGGAUCGCUACAUCGUGGCCGAUUGCGGAGGGGGCACUGUGGAUCUGACAGUGCAUCAGAUUGAACAACCCCAGGGCACCUUGAAAGAGCUCUACAAGGCGUCAGGAGGUCCCUACGGGGCUGUCGGGGUGGACCUGGCCUUUGAGAAGCUGCUCUGCCAGAUAUUUGGCGAAGACUUCAUCGCCAUGUUCAAGGCCAAGCGCCCGGCGGCCUGGGUCGACCUGACCAUCGCCUUCGAGGCCCGGAAGCGGACGGCUGCCCCCCACCGGGCCAACCCUCUCAACAUCUCCCUCCCCUUCUCCUUCAUCGACUUCUACCGCAAGCACCGAGGGCAGAACGUGGAGACCGCCCUCAAGCGCAGCAGCAUGCACCUGGUGAAGUGGUCUUCUCAAGGGAUGCUGCGCAUGUCUCCCGAGGCCAUGAACGAGCUCUUCCAGCCCACUGUCAGCCAGAUCAUCAAGCACAUUGAUGACCUCAUGAAGAAGCCCGAAGUGAAAGACAUCAAAUACUUCUUCUUGGUGGGUGGAUUUGCCGAGUCGGCCAUUUUACAGCACGCCAUCCAAUCCGCCUUCAGCAGUUCCUGCCGGGUCAUCAUCCCUCAAGACGUAGGGUUGACCAUCCUGAAAGGAGCGGUGCUCUUCGGCCUGGACCCCACCAUCGUCCGGGUGAGGCGCUCGCCCUUGACCUACGGCGUUGGGGUCCUGAACAAGUUUGUGGAGGGGAAACACCCGAAGGAGAAGUUGUUGGUCAAGGAAGGGAAGAACUGGUGCACCGACAUCUUUGAGAAGUUUGUCUCGGUGGAUCAGUCGGUGGCCUUGGGCGAAGUGGUGCAAAGGAGCUAUUGCCCAGCCCGGGUGGGUCAACGCAAGAUCAUCAUCAACAUCUACUCUUGUGCCACGGAUGAGGUGGUCUACAUCACCGAUCCGGGGGUGAGGAAGUGUGGCACCAUCAGCCUAGAAUUGGAGGAACUGGAUGAGCCCAGCUCGCCCAAGAAGAGCCGGCGGGAGAUAAGAGCCAGCAUGCAGUUUGGUGAUACGGAGAUCAAGGUGGCUGCCAUGGACGUCUGGACCUCCAAGACCGUGCGGGCAUCCAUCGACUUCCUCUCCAACUGAGGUCCAGAAGUAGAGAGGACUCUGGACUGGUAGAAGAUCAGAGGGGGAAGACACCAUUCUUCUGCGUUGCAAGCCGCUUGGGUGAUUGGUGACUCAACUUUAUGGAUUCAGCCCAACCGUUGGCCAGUUUUUUUGGGUGGGUGGGUGGGUGGGUGCGGGUGGGCGAUUUAGGUCAUGAACCUGCCAAAAAAAACAGCAAGGUGGAACUUCUAAUGGCCAACAGACUGGUGGGGUGGGUAACUGUUGGGAUUAAUUGGGUGAAAAGUGGAGGAGAUUGUUGUGCCUUGGAACUUCUAAAGCUCUGAGAACAUCUUGCAUUUCUCCACUCAUCUUGGACUGGUGGCCUUUGGCUUCCCAGAGUUAUGGGUUCUGGUGUACUA